AUGGGUGACCCUCCGAAGAAGCAGCAUCGGAAGAGGCCGAAGAAGUCAGUUCCUGGCUUCAACGACGAUUCGGAGCACCGACGAGCCCGGCAGCACCAGCCACGUGGACAGCAACCACGCACCGGCAGAUCGCCUCCUGUGUUGCGAUGGAAGCGCGGGCUGAAGACACGUACGCUACGUGCACUGUCGGCUGACUCGACGAGCUCCACGGCGUCAUGCCCGCCUACGCAAGUGAGUGCGACGCCUUCCGCGCGCGCCCCAAUUGCCCUGGAUACUCCCUUCCGCGCGUUUCCAUUUGAUGCGCCGAAGACGACUCCCAGCGGCCAACACGCCGCACCGUCCGCUUCAACGGACACCACCGCAGAGGCCCCCACUUCAGCUGCCUCUACCGAAGACGGUGCCAGCUGCCCGUCGACCAGCGACACCGACGAGAGUGCCGGCACCUUCUUCUUGCCAACCGCAAGCAUGAUUGGUGCCGACACUACGUCCUCCCGUACGGACGCGACCACCUCGCCCGAGGCAAGUCCUGUCCGGCCGGUUUCUCCACCACUGUCGUCGCCGCCAGCCUGCUCGUCACCCCCGCUCACCAACACCGAGCCCACUGCACCUGCAGCGGAGGAGGGCUCGCGCUCGGCGGCGGUGGCUGCUCCCGUCGACGACGACGACCCAGCUGACGGCCCCUCGUACAACGAGAGCUGGCCGAGAGCGCCCACCCCUGCCCCAGCUGCUGAGGGAACAGGGGAGCUCACCCCCAGAAACUCUCCGCUGCUGCUCGCGGCCGCCGAGGGCGCCCAAGCCUGCCAGCCGGCAGUGGUACAGGCAAAACGAAGCCGCAAGAAGGAGACGCCGUUACCGACGGUUCGUCGACUUCGAGCCGCACACCCCACCCGUUGA